GCCAUGGCGAACCAAACGGCCAAUUAUUAUGGGGACGUUUAUCAAUGGAAUCGUACGUUAUCGACGGACGACCAAGACACGCAGAUGGAAUAUUACCUACCGAAUUGGACGGAUCUCUUUCUGGCCGGACUGUUCACUAUGUUGAUCAUCGUCACAAUAGUAGGCAAUACUUUGGUAAUUGCCGCUGUGGUGACAACUAGACGCCUAAGGUCCGUUACUAAUUGUUUCGUAUCCAGCUUGGCCGCCGCGGAUUUAUUGGUCGGCUUGGCCGUGAUGCCACCGGCAGUACUAUUACAGCUCACAGGUGGUACUUGGGAAUUAGGCGAAGUGCUCUGCGUCUCCUGGGUUUCCCUCGACAUCCUCCUCUGUACUGCCAGCAUUCUCUCAUUAUGCGCUAUAUCCAUAGACAGGUAUCUAGCCAUAACUCAGCCGUUGAUAUACAGCCGACGACGUCGAAGCAAAAGACUGGCUGGCUUGAUGAUCGUCGUGGUAUGGAUUCUCGCGGGCGCCAUAACCAGUCCGCCAUUGCUGGGCUGCUUUCCGAGCGCGACGAAUCGCGACAGUAAAAAAUGCUCGUACAACAUGGAUUCCUCAUACGUGAUAUUCUCAGCGAUGGGUUCCUUUUUCCUACCGAUGCUGGUCAUGCUUUACGUUUACGGCAGGAUAUCGUGCCUGAUCGCGAGCCGCCACAGAAACCUGGAGGCCACCGGAAACGAGAACAUCCAACCGCGUCGCAACGUUCUGAUCAAACGGGCAAAGAGCAUCAGGGUCCGAAAACCUGAAUGCGUGGCCGGCAGUGUGGCCUGCGAGAGGACUUCCGACGAUACGGAUCCACCGACCACGAGCAAAAAGUCAGGGAUCGUUCGAAGUCAUCAGCAGAGCUGCAUCAACAGAGCGGCCAAAGAAACAAAAACAGCUGGAACUUUGGCGGUGGUAGUGGGUGGAUUCGUGGCGUGUUGGUUACCGUUCUUCAUUCUCUAUUUGGCCACGCCGUUCGUGCCCAUGGAUCCACCGGAUGUACUGAUGCCAGCGUUAACGUGGCUAGGGUGGAUAAAUUCGGCCAUAAAUCCGUUUAUCUACGCUUUUUAUUCGGCCGACUUCAGACUGGCGUUCUGGCGACUGACCUGCCGGAAGUGCUUCAAGAGCAGAACUAAUUUGGAUCGCAGCAAUCGGAAAUUACCGACUCCGGCUAAUUGGAAGAAGGAAGCAUCGCGCACGUGA